UCUGGAAGGUGAGAAUUCUUCAUGAGGGCUAUGCCUCUGUGUAUAAAAGGAUAGAAAAGAGGGAUGAGAAGAGAAACAGAGGAAAUUCACCUGCGAUUUAACUCUGAAGACUAAUAUUAGAUAAAGAUGUUGACUGUAUUGGUUUUAGCAGCAUUGAUCAUGGUCUCAGUUGAAUCGGACCCCUCGAGCACAGAAGAAUGGAAAUCUCUGAGCAAUCCAAAAAGCAGAAUGCUGUUUUUCCAGAUUCUACAGUCGUAUCUUGAUGGUCGAGAAGGUCAAGCUGAAGGCAGAAAAAUACAUAUGGUGGAAGAUGGGGACAGCAACCUGGCAAAUACUGCACUGGACAAAUACAGCAACUUUCUCUACAAUAGCAUUUUUGAUGCUGAAUAACAGUACAUCAAAUGUCAUAUUAUUAUAUCUGUAAUUACCAGAUAUAUUAAAUAUUAUCCUGUGUUGUUUCAUUUAGUUAAAGAAUAGACACCUUAUAAAUCAUAUAGCCACUUAAAUACCAGUGUCAUAAUUAUUUCCAAUGUAUUCACAUAGCUGUAAAUUUCUUACAUAUUACAGUUAUAAUUAAAGAGGGUUAGAUGUCUCUUUCUUUUCAACAAGUUUAGCAUUGUUAUAAUAACAAAUUCCAAUUCACUGAGAAUUUUUAAUAGAUCCAUUAAAGGAAAUAAAUAUAUUUAAUGUAGUUAUAUUUAUUC